UAUACCAGGGACUACGAGGAUAGUAUUUGAACAAACCUCGGACUACAAUUGAUUGACAUGUGUGUCAAGCUGUCAAGUCAAAGGUCAAUUUAUUUAUUGUGAUAAUGAUAAAAGUUUGUGAUGCAAAUAAUGCGUUUUUUGUGAUAUUUCAUUAAUUUGACUCAUCGAAAAUAUUUAAUUUGAUAUAUUUAUUGUAAAAUACAUCUAUCAUUUUACAAUGGACGAAGCUAACAAUGUAGCAGAUGCUUUGGAAGAACCCAUACAGUUCUCAAAAGGCAUAAAUCUGAAAGAACUGUUGACUUCAAACACCGAGUUCUGCAUUGACCUGGACUACAAAAAUGCAAAUAACGCCUUGAAGGCAGAUCCACUUCUGAACGAUGACUUGUUUGGCGUGGAUGAUGAUGAUGAAGACAGUGACAUCCUCAAGACCUUGGAACAGACCACAGAGUAUGGCAUGCUGUCUAGCCCUGAGUACCACUCCUUUGAUGAGCUAGCAGCCAAGAUGACGGACUGCAUAACAACUGGGGAAUGCAAGAUGUUGGUUCUAGAAGAAGGGGACCCUAAGAACCCGUUGGUACCGUAUGACGCAGUGGUGACAAUUCACUAUGCAGCAUACUGGGAGAGAGAGAAGAUACCUUUCGACUCCACGCUCACCAUGAACUUUGGAAAACCCCAGAAACACCGGCUGGGCGAAGGCAGACUGAUCCCCGGGCUGGAGAUAGCCCUGACGCUGGUGCGGGGCCCGUCAGCGCGGCUCCUCGUUCUAUUGGAGCCCGCGCUGGCGUGGGGCGCGCGGGGCGUGCCGCCGCGCAUCCGCGCCGAACGCGCGCUCUUCGUCAUUACGCUCUAUGACGUCCAGGACCGCGCCACGCCUGAACAGUUCAACAGCCUUCCAAAGGAAGAGCAGAAAAAAUACGAAAACAUCAUGAAGACAGUUGAAAGUUUGCACGCGGAGGCUAAAAAACUAUUCUCUAAGAAAAAAUACAAACCAGCCAGGAACAACUAUCAGCAUUCCAUGUUAAUACUCAAUUCUGCCAACCCAGAAAAUGCACUUCAAGAGGAAAAUAUUAAGAAAUUUAGAAUUAACACCUAUGUCAACUUAGCUAUGUGUUAUUGUAAACUUAACAAACCAAACUACGCAAUAUCGAUGCUAGAAAAUUUAGAUUAUGUAUCAGACGUCGAUAAACAUUGUAAAGCAUUAUUUUACUACGGAAAAGCGUAUCAGUUAUUAGGAAACAACGAAGAAGCGCUGAAAUAUUACAAAAAAGCUUUAACGCUGGAACCUAGAAACAAAGAUAUUGGUAAAACACUGGCUGAAUUAGACGAGUAUUUAAAAAAGACAGCGGUAAAAGAAAAAGAACUGUGGCAGAAUGCCUUCCAGUCAAUGCCAGCUAAAAAAGAAAGUAUUGUCUAUGAUGUUGAACAGGAAUUCGAAAAUAACGUUCGCAAAAUGUGCCAAGAUCUGACAGGGAGGAACGAAUAUGCCAAAUUUGAUCUACCUACAGGUCUGUCUAAGGAUGAAGUUUUGUGUAUCAAGUCCCUGAUUAGGGAUUUUGAUGGUCUAGUUUUAGUGGAAAAUGGUGAAGGUAGAAGGAAAAAGAUGUCUAUUAUUAGAAGGUUACUGUAAUAAUGUUACUUGUUUUUUUUUAACAAACAAACAGUCAUACUAAUCAUUGAAGGGAAGAUUGAAGGGAAACGAGGACGUGGGAGAAGGAGAAUAUCAUGGACAAGGAACAUAAGAGACUGGUUGGACGUGGGCAGUACAGAGAAACUAAUUCGCAUGACUUCAGAUAGAAUGGCAUAUAGACAUAAGGUCGCCAACCUCCGGGAUGUAGAAGGCAUUUAAAGAAGAAGAAGAAGAAACAGUCAUACACAAUUUUUGAUCAAAACUUAUAGACAAAAAAUAGACCUAUAGUUUCAUAUGUAGAAAUAAAAUAUAAACAGGUCCGUGGCUAUUACAAAAAACAAAAAUACUUAAAUCUGUAUUUUAUAAUAACAAAUACUUGAAAUAUGUAAAUCUGUGAUUUGAUAAGUCUGCAGAAAAUAAGUUACAUAUACAUCGUAGUCUCGUAGUACAUUAAAUUUAAGCAAAUAACAAAUUCCAGUUAUAAUCAAUAUUUAAAUGCAUUCUUAAGUUGUGUUAGUGAACAGUUAAAAAUGUCUAAAUCAUUAAGUUUUUGAUGGCGUCGACGUCCAAUUUCAAAUUAAGAUAUUUUUUUAUUACUAUAGACGAUGGAAUACAUCUAAGAUUAUUACUAAGAAGAAUAGUGUAAAAUGUUGUGGUACUGUAACGUUUCAUAAUCCAGUAACCGCAAAACGCAUGUCGGUGUCCUAUAACGCCAUCUAUUUUAUUGUCAAUUUGGUAAAUAGAGUUGAGAGCUGAAGUACAAAGUCCUGCAAAGUAUUGUUUUUUUUAAAUACUACGUCGGUGGCAAACAAGCACGCGGUCCGCCUGAUUGUAAGCAGUCUCCGCAGCCUAUGGACGCCUGCAACUCAAGAGGUGUUACAUGACCCUACACUUCGCACCCUCGUUGAUCUCUGGCAGGGUCUAGUGUUAUUUGGCUGCGGUUUUCUGUAAGGUGGAGGUACUUCCCCAGUUGGGCUCUGCUCUAGAUCUGGAAUGACAUCCGCUGUGCUGUGCCUUACUACUCAAAACGUGAUAACAUUCACAGUUCCCAUACCUCUCUUUUGGACGUAGUUUAAGGACAUACCCGGGUAUUUUGCAGGUCUUUGUACUUCGGCGCUCCACUCUACGUGAUACUCAACGCCCUACGCGUGUUCUAAAACAAUAAAGUGUUAUGAAACAAUUAGGUGGCUCCACACAGAGCGAGAGCAUACUCGCGAGGCAAUUUACUCACGCACAUAACAGCCAGUGUAGACGUGCCUCGGCCGUUAUGUGCGUGAGGAAAGUAUGGGGUCCAAUACAUUCCACGACUCUUCUCUUUCUAUGCUAAUAUGAUCAGUGGAGCAGUUUAAAUUUAUGCAAAAAUCGUGCCGCGACAAAAUGACCCUUUUUGGACCCUCUCAUCUGAUGAUUAGACUAUUCGGACUACACUAAGCAUAUCCCGACAUACAUUUUAUUAUAUUUUGUAUAAAAUACAAGCGUAAUAUUAAUAAAAUGGUAUUAUUGAUA